AUGUCGAGCCUCUUGAUGGCCAGGCGGCCGUCUCACCCGGACGUGUCGACGAUCCCGACGCCGCAUUUGCAAAAGAUUGCCUUGUUUCUCACCUUUUUCUUCCCGGCUCUGUCGAUCCUUUCCGUGGCCCUGCGAGCGUUUUCUAGGCUGAGGACACGACAAUGGGGUUUAGAUGACUGGUUGAUCCUUGCGGCGCUGAUUUUCGCUGUUCUGAUGUGUCCUCCAUUCUAUAUGGACAUCAAGCUGUCGUACAUUGGCUGGGAGGCCAAGGACGUGCCCGAGUUCGAUCCCUCCCCGGGCCGGUGGUGGUUCUACCUCGCGCAGCUCUUCUACAACCCCGUCCUCGCCCUCGUCAAGGCCUCCAUCCUCGUGUUUCUCCUGCGCCUCGGCUCCCACCAGCGCUGGAUCCGGUGGUUCAUCUACGGCCUCAACACGUUCAAUGCCCUGCAGGCCAUCGCCGUCUUCCUCGUGGCGCUGCUGCAGUGCAUUCCCAUCUCGGCCAACUGGGACGCCGAGGCCGCGGCCACCGCCACCUGCGUCGACACCUCGUUCCACGUCGCCAUCUCGUGCCUGACCAUCUUGACGGAUAUCAUUGUUCUCAUUGCCUUGAUGGGUGUCUUUACGCUCGGUCUUGCCGUACUCAUCAUCGCCAUCGUCCGCCUCGUCCAGCUCUACCAGCUCUUCUACAGCACCCCGGACCCCAACGCGGACCCGUACCACAACAUCGGCAUCACGCUCAACACCGUCGAGGUCAACCUCGCCAUCAUCUGCGCCUGCGGUCCCGCCCUCCGCCCCUUGUUCAAGAGCUGGUUCCCCGCGCUCUUUGGCGGCUCCACGGGCCAGUACGGGAUCUCGGGCAACAAGGGCACGCACCCGCUCUACGGCGACGGCGGCAUCUCCCACCUCAGCGGCACGCACAGGCACACCACGGCCACGGGCGGCCCGUCCAUCGCGCUCAAGAGCCUGCGCGGCACCCGCGGCCAGCACACCGAGUGCCGCAGCAUCUCGCCCAGCGGCUCCGAGGAGGAGAUCAUGACGUACAACGGCAUCCUGCGCACGACGCAGGUCAAGCUCCACUACGAAAACGACUCCAACAGCGCGCAGAGCGAUUCCAAGAGUAAUAGGGAGGUGGUGCACGCCUCGUAA